AUGUCUUUAUACGCCCUGGAAAAAGGGGACAAGGGCUGCCAAAGGGUGACCCUGAACGACUGGAAAUGCAGGAACGAGCAGAGUCUCAACACGAGCGACAAACUGAUGUCCGUGUCUGCCUUGGAGCGGGAGGACGCCUCGAUUCUCCGCUCUGCGGCUCGAAUCCAAACCAAGUGGGACCGCUACCAAAACGAAAAACUCCUGUCCGAUAGGGUGUCGUUGGUUCAAGAGUGGCUAAGGACCUUGGAGCGGAGCCACGCGGCCGCCGAGCACGAGAGGAUGGCGCUCUCCGAGGUGAAAAAGUACCUGGAGACGUACCUUAAUGAGGCCCUGUUGCCACCCCUGGACGUCAUAGCCCAGUGCCUGUACCUCAGGGACCAAAGACGCCCUGACGAGCUCACUGUCGACCCUGUUACGGCUCGACUAAAGGACGAGCUGCAAACGUACGAGACGCAUAAGGGAAUUUUGUCUGCUCUCAACGCCGACGCCUGGAGCAUGGUCGAUUCCCUGAGUACCCUGAUCGACAGCCUCCGCUUCAACAUCAGCGAGCAGACGACCGCGUUGGACAUUGACACAAAUAUGCUGGCCCUCACCACCGAUUCUCCUGGACUGGCACGACGCCCUGAGCCGGAUCGAGUCCCGCCAAAGAGUUCAGCACCGGAGAGUUGGCUGUUUCACUGCCAGGAGCUGGUGGAGAAGCAGGGUAAAGAGUGUCAGCAGUCGCGGGCGCUCAGGGAGACCAUGCUCAGGGCCGUGGAGGACGCGCGGAACGCCAAUUGGGCCCGCCAGGACGAAACGUGCGCCAGCUUCAGGCAGCGUGUCCACGAGAUCAAAAUCGCCAUCGACAGGCUCAAGAGGCAAACAGAAAUGAUUCUGGCGGAAAUGGAAAAGCUGGACGAAGAAAUCCACCAGCUGGAGCAAGCCGACGAGUCUCUGGAGCUGCCUCGCGCACUUUGCGAAACGAGACACGAAGGCCGCACGAGCAGACCCGCCGGGCCGCAAAGGUGCCAGGACGAGCCUCAGGAGAAUCUGGCAGUCGAGAGCGCCACCCUGGCCCUGUCGCAGGCGAAAUUGCAGCAGCGGACCGAAUACGCCAGGUCGGCGUACGAGUCGCUGCGGACGCAACUGUCCAAAGUGGAGUUGGACAUGGAGGACAAGAACCGCGCCCUGGCCCUUGAAAUGCGCUGCCUGGCCAGCAGGUCGCAGCUCGGACACGCUGAGGAGCAGGUCACCCAGUCGCACUCGUCCCAACUUUAAUUUCAAGCUGUUUUAUUGUAAUAGGAUAUUUUGUUCAAAAGAAAGAAGAAAAUUCACCAAAAAAUCCUUGCGAAAAAUUUGCAGAGGAGUUAUUCCAUUUAAAAACAGAAUUGUGUGAAUUUAGUAUGGAAUUAAAUUAUUUUUAUUGCAAUGAAAUAAAAAUCCCCUGCAAUUGAGAUCAAAGGUUUAGGAAAAUUCUCGAAAAUUUUAGGAGCGUUUGGAGUAACCCUCAUUUGAUCAAGAAAAAAAUG